AUGGUUCAUGCAGAGGUUUGCUGGAGUUUGCAGCAGAGACUGGCAGGCUACCCAGCUCAUUUGCGGGUGUUGCAGAAUUGGCAAAUGCCGGUCAUUGACCCUACAUUGAUGUUGUCACGCGUAGUUAAGUUAAUGCCGGGGGUCGUAACUGAAAGCCAAGGAAAGACCAAAAAGAGAUAUUUGGACAGCAAGGCACUGAAUGUCGCUGUAGAGGUCAGCAGCGUCUCAGGAUUGACGUGCGUGCGUGCGGUCGAAUGUUUCAGCUGCCCUCAACCUGGCAGUGGUGGCAGCAUUCCUAGCCUUUUGAACAGACCUAUGGAGCAAUAUCUCAGCAGCCCUAGCAGUUGCUGUUGCAGCAGCAUCCCGGGAUUGAUGGGCAUGUCUGCGCUCAAAUGUUUCAGCUGCCCUCGACUUGGCAGUGGUGGCAGCAUUUGUAGCAUUUCAAACAGACCUGGAUUGACGGGCGCGCCUGCAGUCCUUACAUUACGACUCUUUUUGAAAAAAAUAUUUCUCUCUUUGUUUUUUCAUCUCUCUUCUUUAAUUCUUUUCUCUCAAAUUUUCUUUCCUUCUUUUCUCUCUCUCUCUCUCUCUCUCUCCUAUUCAUAUUCACUGCCUUUCUUCUUUCCUCUCCUUUCUUGCUUCCUUCCUAUCAUAAUUCAGGACCGGACAUGUCUGAAUCAAAGACUUCUGUCUAACAUUCAUGCUAUUGAUUUCGGCAUUAAACAACUGUCAAGGAGACUGACAUUGUAUAGCAAAGGAGCCUCUUGUUUACUGCAAUUCUCUCAAUUCCUCCAUCUUUUUCUCCUUUCUUCUAUCAUUCUUUGUAUUUUAUAG